AGUGUAAACGCAAACGUUGUGGGGAGCGUACGUCCGUUUAUUUCCCGCGUUAAAAUAACAUCUACGCGUGCUUACGCUCGCAGACGUUCACCUUCCAAUCCAAUUAUAAAGCACAAUAUGUAAGUGACCUCACCGAUAGAAUAAAAAUGGGAUAAUCUCGUAUUAGUAAUCAAUAUGCGUUUGGUAGUUUAAUAUUACAAGUGAAAAAUGUUUUUGGAAAAUGUGAGUUCGGAAAAAUGUUGAGAGCGUCUAGGGCGCGAUGCACGUACCUCGGAUUACUGUGGAUUUUGUACGCGUACUAUGUCGACGGAUAUAUAGAAAUCGUGGAAGAGCAGCAAUGUCACGACUACACAUUCCGUCUCACCUGUCGCGACUUAGACUCGCAUAUUGCCAUCUUAGAAGCUUGGUAUAUAUCCAUGGAGGAUUACCACAGAGCCAACACCACCCAGCCUAUAGAAAGACAUAGAAUAAAAACAGAAAAUGAUUCCGAACUGAAUAGAGUGUACACGUAUUCUAGUCCUAAACACAAUGGCGUGUAUGAGCCAACGAACUUCACGUAUGAGGACAUUAGUGUGAACAAUUCUUUAGAGUGGAGUGAUAUUGUGAACGAAACUCUGGAUGUGAGUGUCGAGUUUGUGAAUACGAAUACUUCUAGUGGUUGUGGUGUGGAGACUUUUGCUAGGAGCUACGGCAGUUGGAGGGAGGGAGAUAAGAGACGGAGACCUUCGGGAAGAAACUUUUCGGUCAAUUUGAGAGCCCCAGUUAGUUACAGGUAAGUUAAACGAAUUCAAAAAACUAGUGGACAAUCACCGAUCUAAAUUCGGGCAUAAGCUUUAAAAAUUACCAUUCUUUUCUUAGUUGAGGCAUCUUGUACUUUAAUUAUACUGUCAAAUACUAUACUUUUAUAUGAUUGUUUGAAAUACAGUAAAACUAAAGUGUCAAGCGUAUGGUAGUUGGUGUUAAGAUUUUGAUGUGUAGAGAACCUUAUGUUUUUUAAAUAUUUUUUAAUUUUCUAAUCAUAGUAAAAUGCACAUGCAUAUUCUAUCCAUUUUAACUUCAACUGUGCCAAAUUUCAUAUUCCUUUAUCAAACAAACAUAACAUUUUGUUCCACAUAUAAAAAUAAGUUCAAUAGGUAUUAAUUAGACUUUGACAUAGUUGUUUUACAAUUAUUUCGUAUUCAGUAUAAUAUUUAUAUCUAUAGAAAUAAAAUACGUUAAAUUAUUUUCGUUAUGUAGCAUUCAAUACUACUUAUAAAAAACUCAAACAGAAAUACAUAAAUUUAAGUGUUGAUAAUUAAUGUUAUCAAUACUUAAUAGGCAAUUUAUGCCUUCAAUGAUUCCCCCAGGGACUACAAAUCGGAGGUUCACUUAAACGGAACCGGAGGUAAUUACUGGUAUUAAUAUAAUUAUGCAAUCAACCACCAGUAAUAGUUUUUUGUUAUUACGUUCUCAUUUUGUUCAGAUAUCCUGC